AUGGCCACGCCGUGCCGCUUAGCCAACGCCACGGCAAACGGCGACCGACUCCGGCUCCUGCGAGGGGAGCGAAGUUUGGAGAUUCGCAUCUUCGCAGACGCGACGUUCCUGGAGGUGUUCUUCCAGCAGGGCCGGUUGGCCAUGACCGUGGACGCCGCGCCCUUGCAGGCGGCCGAUCUGGUGGUGAAGUCCACAGCAGAGGCCGGGCUCCCAGCUCGAGUGCUGGGCCCCGGGUCUGGUCAGGGACAGUAG